GAGCAGGCGUUCGGGGCGCUGGUGCUGCGGCCGGCGGCGGGCGGCGGCGUGGAGAAGUUCGAGCAGCACCUGCGCUCUCUGCGCCUGGACGGCAACGCGCGCGACCCCUGGUUCCCGGCCUUCUGGGCGGCCGUCUUCCACUGCCGCGGGGCCGCCUGCCGCUCCCCGCUCUACAGCAGCCUGGAGACCUACCGCCUCAAGGAGAAUGCUGCCGUUGUGAAUUCCAUCAACGCUGUCUUGACUGUAGCCCAUGCCCUUGAAACAGUGCGACGCAAACUCUGCCCAGAGCUGUCGCGCAGCGGGCGGAGCGGC